CCGUCGGACCCCUAUGGCCCACCGCCAAGUAACUGGCGGGGCGGCUGCACAGUAGCUGACGAUUUCCCCGAAGCAGCGUGUAAUGGCAAGCUGGUGGGGGCGCGAUACUUUGUGGCGGGGCUGCUGGCCAAUCAGGGCAGCAUUUCCGAAGCCGCUGCUGGUAACGCCAACGUGAGUGUGGAGAUGCAUGGGCGCAGCUACGGCACAGCAAGCGGAGUGGCACCACGUGCGCGCAUCGCCAUGUACAAGGCGCUCUGGCGCAUGCAGGACGGCGGGGCGGCCGGCAUGGACUCGGAUAUCCGGGCAGCGGCAGCGGGCAACGCCAACGUGAGUGUGGAGAUGCAUGGCCGCAGCUACGGGGCAGCGAGCGGCGUGGCACCGCGUGCGCGCAUCGCCAUGUACAAGGCUCUGUGGCGCAUGCAGGAUGGCGGAGCGGCCGGCAUGGACUCGGAUAUCCGGGCAGCGGCAGCAGGCAACGCCAACGUGAGUGUGCUGAUGGGCGGCCGUAAUUACGGAGCAGCGAGCGGCGUGGCACCGCGGGCGCGCAUCGCCAUGUACAAGGCGCUCUGGCGCAUGCAGGACGGCGGAGCGGCCGGCAUGGACUCGGAUAUCCGGGCGGCGGUGGAUACUGCCGUGGCGGACGGCGUGGAUGUGCUGUCGCUGUCGCUCGGGGGAAGCAUUCCGAAUUACUUUUCUGAUCUUGGUUACCUGAACGCCGCCAAGGCCGGGGUAUUCGUGGCGAUGGCAGCAGGGAACUCCGGAGCUCCUUCCGCCGUCAAGGCGGUUGGCACCAUAAGCAACGCGUCGCCGUGGUACCUCACCGUUGGGGCCAGCCUAUUGGCCGAGAGUUCUUGGGCAGAGAGUUUUCUGACCGAGAGUUCUUCAGGCGAGAAUUCUUCAGCUGCAGCACCAGCAGCAUCGGAGGAGGCAGGAAGGGAAGCACUGGUGGUGGCGGGGUGGAGCUUCGGAGGCACGCCCCUCACGGCUGGCCUGCCGGUGCUUGAUGCUAGGGAUGCUGCUGCGAAUGGUGCCAGCCAGUCGCUGGUGAGUGCACAGGGCGCUUCUGUGCAUAUGGAUGCUGCUGCGGAUGGUGCUAGUCUGUCGCUUGUGAGUGCAUGUGGGAUGCAUCGUUGUGUGCGGUUGCAUGGGUAUGUGCGGUUGCAUGGGUAUGUGCGGUUGCAUGGGUAUGUGCGGUUGCAUGGGUAUGUGCGGUUGCAUGGGUAUGUGCGGUUGCAUGGGUUUGUGCGGUUGCAUGGGUUUGUGGUGGUGCAUGGGUGUGUUGGGAUUCAUGUUUCCAGCAUAAACGCCUCUCUCAACCCCAACAUUCUCCUCCACUCCGCCCUCUCCACUCGCCUGCUCACCCCCACUUCUCCCACCCGCUCCCCAAUCCCUAAUCCCACCCAAACAAUACAGGCCAGCCAGUGCCAUGCUCCCAGCAUCAACGCCUCUCUCACCCUCAGCACCCUCCUCCUCUGCUCCCUCUCCUCUCGCCCGCUCACCGACGUUCUACUGGACUCCUCCACCCUUCGCCCCGCUGCUCUUGUGCUACUGGGAUCUACUGACACGCCCCCCCGCCUGCCCUACACGCGCAUGCCUGUUAUCUACCUCAAGGCUUCUGAUGCAGCUGCUCUCAGGACCUUCCUCGCCAGUACCACCAGGUAUGUUGUCUCAUCUCUUCCUCCCCGCCUGCCCUACACGCGCAUGCCUGCUGUCUACCUCAAGGCUUCUGAUGCAGCUGCUCUCAGGACCUUCCUCGCCAGUACCAAUAGGUAUGUUGUCUCUCAUCUCUUCCUCCCCGCCUGCCCUACACGCGCAUGCCUGUUAUCUAUCUCAAGGCUUCUGAUGCAGCUGCUCUCAGGACCUUCCUCAGCAGUACCACUAGGUAUGUCUUCUUCUCUCCUCCCCUCUCCUGCCCCUCCUUGGGCGGCGGCCUCAGAGUUUCCCUCUCUUCCCCCCCGCCUGCCCUACACUCGCAUGCCCGUGUUUUACCUCAAGGCUUCUGAUGCCGCUGCCCUUAGGACCUUCCUCGCUGGUACCACCAGGUAUGUUGUCCCUUCUCUUCCCCGCUCUUCCCCCCUGCCUUCCCCGCGCAUGCCAGUCAUUUACCUCAAGGCUUCCGAUGCAGCUGCUCUCAGGACCUUCCUCGCUGGUACUACCAGGUAUGCCUUCCCGCCACAGCUGUUGCUGCUGGGGGCUACAGACACACCUCCCCGCCUGACCUACACGCGCAUGCCUGUUGUCUACCUCAAUGCUUCCGACGCCAUCACUUUGAAGAGCUUCCUUGGCAGAACCACAAGGGAUGGUAUACCUCCCUUUUCUCUCUCCUCUUGUUCCCUCACCAAUGUGCUCCUUGACGCCUCCACCCUUUGCCCCGCUGCCUUGGUGCUGCUGGGGGCUACUGAUGCGCCCCCCCGCCUGCCUACACGCGCAUGCCUGUCAUUUACGUCAAGACUUCUGACGCUUCUGCUCUCAGAAGCUUCCUGGGAAGGACCACCAGGUCCAGUCAACCCCACCACAGCGACCACACUCAACCCGCUAUCCUUUCCCCCUUACGCUUUCUUUGCUCCCCUUCCCUCUUCUUCUCCCCCCAUCCCCAGCCACCAGGCGUCUCUAUCCCAGCCCUACACCUCCUCCACCUCCCCAGCCCCUGCCAUUGCCUCUUUCUCCUCCACAGGUCCCCCAGUCAACCCCACCACAUGCCUUCCCUCAUGCUUUCCCCGUUUUCUUCCCCUGUUCCUCCCUCCCCUUCCCCCCAUCCCCAGCCACCAGGCGUCUCUAUCCCAGCCCUACACCUCCUCCACCUCCCCAGCCCCUGCCAUUGCCUCUUUUUCCUCCACAGGCCCCCCAGUCAACCCCACCACCCCCUCCUCCUCACUGCCUCCUUACCUUCCAACCAACGACAUCCUUAAACCUGACAUUGUAGGCCCGGGGUACCAGCUCUGGGCGGCCUACCGAGGCUCCAGCGCAGGCUCGGGAGGAGCAGCGUCGGGCCCGCCCUCGUUCGGGCUGCUCUCGGGAACAUCCAUAACAGUCACCAAUGUGUACAAUGCCACGUCAGCAUACCAAGCCACAGUUACAUCUCCUGCUGACGUGGACGUUCAGGUUACCCCAGACCAGUUUACGAUUGGUCCAGGGCAGUCGAAGCGGUUUGUGGUUCGGCUGCAGCCGAUUGGAGAAGCAGCUGAGGCUUGGGAGAGGUUCGGGUUUGGUUCGGUGAGGUGGGAGGAUGAGCAUGGGCAUGUGGUGAUCAUGCCUUUAGUGACAUGGAUGAGUGCUUGA